AUGCCAUAUGCCAAUUUCAAUUGUAAUGGUAAAAUAUGGUUUUUUGUUCAAGACAAAGUGGAUGUAGAAGUACUAUUUGAUACUGAACAGUCUAUCAUUGUUAAAUUGUUCUUCCAUGAUCUGAAUAAAGCAAUGGUGGUGUCAAUGGUUUAUGCUAAAUCUGAUGAAGGGGAAAGAUUACAGUUGUGGGAUGAUAUGUAUGGUUUGUCUAGUAACAUGGCAUUCCCUUGGUUAAUUGGUAGUGAUUUCAAUGUCAUAUUGAAUGAAGAAGAGAAAAUAGGAGGUCUGCCAGUUUUCCCACAAGAAUAUGAAGAUUUUGCAUUUUGCAUGAAUUCCUAUGAUUUGCAUGAGAUUCCUUUUAAAUGGAGUCCUUUCACAUGGUGGAAUGGUAGGGGUGCUAAUGAUUGUAUCUUUAAGAGGCUUGAUAGAAUGUUUCAUAAUGAGUUGUUUCAGAACUGGUUUGGCAAUUUAGAGGUAGAGCAUUUGUCUAGAACAGGAUCUGAUCAUGCUCCUUUACUGUUAACUUGUGGAGAUCAGACCUAUUCAUUAAGCAAGUGGAGCAAGGAUACUUUUGGAGAUAUUUUCAAGCAACUGAUUAUCAGAGAGGAUAUAGUUAAAAUCAAAGUACAACCGUUCGAGAAGGAUCCUUCAGAAGAGAAUAGAAUGGUGAUGCAAAGGGCUCAGGCUGAACUUAAAUUAUACUUGUAUUAUGAAGAAGAAUUUUAG